UAUGUAAAUUAAUGUAAGCCUACAUUGUAGAGGAGGAAAAUGAAAUGACAUGUGGGAAUAAUUGUAAUAAAAUGAAUGCAAAUUUCGGUAUGAUUCAUGUCGAUAUGUACGGUUGCCAUGACGGCGAGAUACAAACGUUUCCUUCAGAUACACCGUAAUGUACUGAUUUAUCUUUCAAAAAAUCCUUCGACGAAAAAGUAGGAGUCGAACAUGGCCAUAAAUAAUAACAUAGAGACAGUUUUAAGUGUGCUAGGGUGGGAAGAUGGAUUUCGAAUACCGGUGGCGAACGAGGAGAACAGACGAUUAGAGGAAGAAAUCGAAAGAAAAAUGAAAUUGAAGAAAAGUUUGAGCGCGAGACUUGUAUCUACGGAAGAAAGACUAAAUAUGAUGAAAACCCGUAUUAAUAACUUAACCAUAGAACACGAUAUGAAUCAGAAACUUUUAAACACGCAUUCGAUGCAAUUGGAGAACGAGAAUCAUCAUUACCGACUGAGCUGCAACACCGAGUCGAGCCUGCGCCAGGAGGCACGAGAAUUUGAAAAGGAAUGCAAGCAAGUUAACGAGACAGUGUCGAACAUUACGAAAGAAUUGGAAAAAGUAACGAGAAAGAUAGAAUUGUCGAAGAAGACGGUCGAGUACGACGAAAAGAGUCUACGAGAAUGGGAGGAAACGUUGAAUCGAAACGAGGACAAUAAUCAACUGAUAGAACAAUACAUGAAAGAGGAUGCGAAAGAAUACAAGGAACUGGAGCUAAGAAGGCAGAAACUCAGUACGGAAUUGCAGUUAUAUCGCGAUGCGAUUAUUAAGAGAAAUAACGAGGGACGAGAGAUGGAGAUUAUUCUCGAUCGAACGACGAAAUUGUACGAGCAAGUAUUAACAGAGUACAGACAAAUGUUCAAUCAAUGGAAGGAGAGCGUAAUUAUGUUGCAACAGAGGAACGACGAUAUUAAAAAUGUUCUUCGAGAAACCGAAACGUUGCAAGAGAUCGUAGAGGAUAAGAAAAAUACGCUCGAGGAAUCGGAAAAUUUUUUAAAGGAGCAAAACGAAAAUAACAAACAAAUCGAACAGUCGAUCACGAUAUUAGAGAAGGACCUUUUCAAUAUGAAAGAAGAAGAAUCCAAAUUGAAAGAGACGUUUAAUACGUACGAAAACCAGCUCGUUAUACAAAAGAACGUUGUAAAAGAAUUGACGCAACGCGUGGAACAAGUCCAGGCUGACAUAAAACGAAAAGAGGUGGAAAUAAAAAAUAAGAACGCAAAGAUAGAGAAAUUGAACGAACAAGUAAUCGAUUUAAAUGCAAAGUUGCAAGUUGUCGACAGUCAAAAGUUAAAUGUCGAGGAAAAGGCGAAGGAGCUGGAAAAUAUAAUCGAGGAACAAGAGAAGAAAAAAGUUGCAACGAUCAAGGAAGUUAACCGAUUGCAAACUGCAAAUUUACGUAUAACGAAUCAGAUUAAACAGCUGGAAAACGAGAGUAAAAUUUUAAAGACGCAGCACGAGAACGAGUCGAAAAAGUCCGAGCAUUUUGAUAAAUUGUACGCCAAGAAUGAAAAGGAUUUAGACGAGAGGAAAGAAGUAUCGUACCAAGUGGAGUUCGAAUUGCAAAAGUCGGAAAUGAAAUUGGACAGAUUGAAGGGGAACGAGCACGAUAAGUCCGAAGCGGAAAAGAAACAAAAAAGAAUCGAGGAACUGCAGAGCACAUUGAACGAGAAGACAGAGGUUUCAAAGUUGUUGCAAAAACAGAUAGCGAGUUUAGAAUACGACAUGAGAAAACUGUCAACCAGUAUAUCGAACGACAAUGAUCAAUUAAACUAUUUGAGAAAUAAAAGGCAAGAUCUUGUUCUGCUCAUGGACGCGGGAGAGAAACGAUUAAAAUCUGCCCAAACGCGUUACGAAGAGAAACAGGUGGAGGAAAGUAUACUGCGACUGAAGGUGUCGCAGAUGGAAAAAAUGAUAUCGAACUUUGGGAAUAAUGUUUACGACUUGAAAAGAUAUCGACUCGAAUUGGAAGCUGCAAUACAAAAACGUAAAGCGGAAAUAGCGAUACAAAGGGAAUCGCUGAUUGCGCAGAAACGAAUCGCUACGAACGAAUGCUCGGAAUUAAAGAACGUUAUUGCCGAAAGAAAGAUACGAAUAAAGCAAUUGCAGACAAGAUACGAUAAUGGCGUAGCUGUAUUAGGAACGAAUCCUGACGGUACACCGGUGAAUACAAUCAAUUUGAAGCUUCAGAAUGCACAAGAAAAAUACCUCUUACAAGAGCAAGGCGAUAAAUUGGACGAAACGAUCAGGAAAGCGGAACAGGAAAUACAAGCGAUGGAAAAUACACUACGAAUGAUAAAUGUCUGCAACGACAAAUAUAAGGCAACCUUAAACGCCGACGAGCAAAAUAAAGACGAAUUAGAAGAACAUAAGGAAUUGGACCAACAGCUACAGAACGCGAAGGAAAGUUUAAAAGAAAAACAAGGAGAAGUACAACGCCUAACGGACAAUUUACAGAAACUGCAAAACGAAUAUGCCGAAAUCCUUAAAGAGAUAGACGAGGCUGAAGAACGGAAAAAGAAUAAAUAUCAAUAUUUACUCGAGCUGAAACAACAAAUCCAAGAUCAGAAGGGGAAAGUAUCAAGGGCUGAUAAAAGUUUGAGGUGCGCUCAAAAAGAUAUUCAACAAAUAUUUGCAACCACAGGUGAUAAAACAGUAUUGAUACAGGAGAAAGAGAUGGAACUGCGUGAAAUUCAAGAACAAAAUUCUAUCGUUUUGCAAGAUAUUGCAGAAUUUACGAUUCAUCACGUGGAGGCAGAAGCUUAUAUUAAAAAACUCUUAGCUGCUAAAAAUAUAGAGCUGCCCGCUGCUCCAAUAUUUAAUCAAACACCGACAUCGAGCCAAUGUCUCAGUACUAAAAAUUCGAUGGACUGUCUGCCGAAGAGUACUAGUCGCGGAAUCGUCGUUGCUUCGUCCAGGGAAAGUAUCGGAAACAUAGUCAAUAUACAACCUGAAUUUCAACCAAUCUCGACGAAUGCUUCGUCAAAAAGUGUAACGAAGCGCGAGCAGCAACCGGUGAAGACCUCUUUCCAAACACAAUCUACAAACAGAAUUUCUUAAUAUAAUUUGCUAAAUAUUGUAUAUUAAUUUUUUUCUUAUUAUUUAUACUCGGUUGUAAGAAAGAAAUAGAUAAAA